AUGCAGAAUUCGAACCAAUCACAGGACGAUGUUACCACACGCACUUCCGACUCAUGCACUCGUUGCAAAUCGCUGACUGAGCUAACAGCUAAUCAGCUAACGGAACAAGGAGAACGGGAGCCCGGACGAUUCACAAUACACAGUAAACCAGAGUAAUCUGCACUAGUGCAAAAAAACAAACAAACUGAUAUAAUCUGACCACAAACGGCAAAGGAAUUCUCAUCCCAGAUGAACAUGUUCAGUGUCCUAUAAUAGUAAUAAUAAUCAAAACACUACUAUACAAUCCAAGGUGUCGGUGCUUUCUCUCUUCACUCUCAGUAAAAUGGAAAUGGAAGCUGAGGUAAUCCCUAUUUGGCAAAAUAAACCACAUGGAUCAACUCGUAGUGUGGUGAGACGAAUCGGCUCGACACUGCCUCUUAAACCCUGUCCCAGGGCUUGUUUCCAGGAACUCCCAGGGCUUCCGCCAAUGCGUUUUAUGGACGGUCCUUUGGUGCCUACAUUGGCAGAUAUUGCCUGGAUUGCAGAUGAUGAGGAGGAGACAUAUGCCAGAGUCAGGAGUGACACACGUCCCCUGAGGCAUGAGUGGAGGCCAACGCCGCUGCUGGUUAUGCACAGGAAUUCGUCUGUGCCAAACUUCAGACGAGAAGGCAGGCGAGUCGAGGGUCUGAGGAAACCAGGUGUAACCGCUUUAAACCGCACAACAGCUUUACAAGAUGAGCUGAGUCGACUCCGAUCCCAAAUCGCCAAGAUUGUCGCUGCAGAAUCAGAUUCGAAUCCCAUAACCCCUGACCUGCUGUCCCCUGACGACACUAGUGUGGGCUUCUCCAUGGCUCAUUUUGAGACAGCUGCUUACCAGCCGGCCCCCACAGCCUCCUUUGUCAUCAGUGAUGUCACAGAGGAGGAAGAAGAAGAAGAGGAGGAGGAGGAGGUGUCCGAGCUAGUGCCUGACCCUAUGCCACCAGUUUCCAUGACUGCAUCUGCAACUUUUGAUCUCGAUCGCCCUACUAUGGACUUCCGAGAACCAGAGGAGGAUACUGUGUCUCUUUCAAAAUCAACAAGCUUCGCUGAUGUCAUGGACAUCCUGAAAGAUAUGAACCGCAUGAAGAUGAGCAAGGAUAGAUAUAACCGUGGGUGCACCUCACUGAGGGAGGAAGAUUCUGCCUCUCUUAUAUCUGAAGCAUUGAGGAAGAAAUUCAUUCUGAAGGAUGAUGACAUCAGUGUGAGGAAAUAAUCAAUCAUCCAAACCCUGGCAGCAGACUCUCCAUGCCCAUGCCUGUGGACCGUUGCAGUGAAAACCCCAUAAAGCCUCUGAAUAAACUCAAUGGACAUCUUCUGCGUUCCUCAGCACUCCCACAAUGCUGCGCUGUUGUGACACGUCUGGAAGGAAAAGAAGCAGUUCUCGUCAGCCCACACACACACACUCCAACUUACACUGAGCUGCCAAGUUUGUAAUGUUUGUGUGUGUGUGUGUUUGCACAAAAGGGUCCAUAAGCAUAGCCUUGAUCAGUGAUCACUGAGCCUUUGUUGUUCCAUCAUAGAUUCUAGUGUAGUAUGGAUUUCAUGUGAAAUCCAAGCACUACUUCCUGUUUCACCAUCAUCGUUUUGUUAAUUUCAAUGAGACAGUAAUAUCCUCAGAUCCUUCAACAAGCGUGCAAUUUCACACUAUAUUAUUCAAGCCAUGAAACCACAGAAGAGUCCUGGAGGAGCCCAGUUCCAGUUUAUCGUCUUGUAGGUGUAUAGUUUGGAGCUGUAGAAGUGUUUCUCUUGCCUUACACGUUCCCUCAUACAAACCCUGUAAUACUUGAAGCCAUUUUGAUGCGUGAUCUUAUGUUACAAUACUGACAUGCGUUUGCGUUGUUCUUCUAUUUAAAGGGUUUUUGUGCGUGUGCAUGUGCACUGAAGACUUUGGAUUGCGUUCACUUGUAAUUAGCGCUCUGUGAUGUUCCCUUCUACCGUACAGACCUUUGAAGUGUAUAUUGUGCUAGAAGACUGAUGUGGUUCAGCAAAUAGUGCAACAUAAGUUUGAAUUCAUAAUGUGUGUGGUUUGUUCAGGAAGUACAUGGGAAAUGAAAUAUUUUUGGUUUUUGCUUGUGUCAGGCAGAUUGUAAAUGUUUCUGAAAAAUCUGAGUAGCAUGUGUGAUGUGGUGUUGGGUGUGACUAUAAGCAAGUUUUGAGGAUGCCUCAUGUUUUAUAUGACGAUGAAGGAUGCUUUUUUUUCCUUUCGCAAAGUGUAACAAGAAGCUAUUUUAAUGCAUACGCUGCUUUUGUGCCACGAUCGCUCACUAAAGUGGGAAUCAAACCCAAAA